ACGGAACCACACAAUAUAUCUGUCAUCGAGAAGAGUACACACGGACCAAAGAGUUGGAAUAAUUUACAUGGACAUUUUAACUGACGUUUUUUAUUUUCUCGGUACCGCUGUUUGUGGAUUACUACUGCCUUUUCUGUGGAUUAUUUUCUGAUUCUUUGUGACGGUGUAGCUCCGUUGAACGGAACAAUGAGACGGCAAGUGCUUUUGUUUCUCUCGACGCUCUCUCUCUGGUCUGUGCACGGGCAGGUCAGCUAUUCCAUCCCCGAGGAAAUGUCGAAAGGCUCAAUGGUCGGAAACAUCGCACAAGAUUUAGGUUUGGAUUUAAAACGGCUGAAAUCCGGAAAAGCUCGCUUGCAUGUUGGAAACGGCGCCGAAUAUAUCGAGCUGAAUAAAGAAAAGGGCCUCCUUCUCAUUCGGGAGAAAAUAGACAGAGAGGCGUUAUGCAAACAGACGAGUCCGUGCGCUUUACAGUUUCAAAUUAUUUUGGAAAACCCCAUCGAGUUCUAUCGUGUAACAGUCGAAAUAACAGAUAUAAACGACAACGCUCCUAUAUUCAAAAUGAACAGUAUGUUAUUUGAGAUAAGUGAAUCGGCUGUCAGGGGGGCAAAAUUCGUAUUAGAGAAAGCAUUAGAUACUGAUGUUGGAGGAAAUGGGCUCAAGAGCUACUCCCUUAAUCCGACAGAUAACUUCGUUUUAAAACUCAACGGAAACGCAGAUGGAGAAAAGGAGGUUGAGAUGGUCUUGGAAAAACCUCUUGAUCGUGAAAAACAAGAGCAUCUGACUCUAACACUAACCGCUAUCGACGGAGGUGAACCUCAGUUGUCAGGGACAGUGGAAAUUCAUAUAACUGUAUUAGAUGUGAAUGACAAUGCGCCAGUGUUUACGCAGUCAACCUAUAAAGCGAAUUUAAUGGAAAACACCCCGAAGGGAACUUCAUUAAUGACUGUAACGGCGAGAGACGUAGAUCAGGGCGCCAAUAGUUUGAUAACGUACUCCUUAUCUAGUAACACGGAGGGGAUUCUGAAUUUAUUUGAAAUACACGGUACAAGUGGUGAGGUACGUUUGAUCGGAAAAGUAGAUUAUGAAACAUCAAAACAUUAUCAGCUAAAUGUUAAAGCAAGAGAUCAAGGUGGGCUCACUGACUCCUGCAAAAUACAAUUUGACAUAAUUGAUGUGAAUGAUAAUGUUCCGAUAAUAGAUUUGAUGUCAACUUCACAGUCUAUACCGGAAGACUCUGGGAUACAAACAGUUGUCGCUGUGAUGAAUGUGCACGAUGCUGACUCGGAUAAUAACGGAGUGGUUACAUGUUUUCUUAGCGAGAAUGUACCACUAAUCAUUGAAAAUGCAUCAAAUGGUUUUUAUAGUAUCGUCACAAACAGUGAAUUAGACAGAGAGAGAUUCUCAGAGUAUAACAUCACAGUGAGCUGCUCUGAUGAGGGCGUGCCCUCCCUCUCCAGCAGCGUCACUCUCACCUUACAGAUCUCUGACGUGAAUGACAACGCGCCUGUCUUUGAGAGGAGCUCAUACGAGGCCUACAUUGUAGAAAACAACACACCAGGUCUCUCUGUAUUCACAGUGAAAGCCAGAGACGCUGACUGGAACCAGAAUGCCCGUGUUUCUUACAUACUGGAGGACUCCUCUGUUAACGGAGUGCCAGUCUCCUCGUAUGUGUCUGUUAGUGCUGAUAGUGGAGUCAUCCAUGCAGUGCGCUCUUUUGACUACGAACAAAUCAAAGAUUUUCACUUCCGAGUCAAAGCUCAGGAUGGAGGCUCUCCUCCACUCAGUAGCAACGUGACUGUGAAAAUACUGAUCCAGGACCAGAACGACAACCCCCCUCAGGUGCUGUACCCAGUCCAGACUGGUGGCUCUCUGGUGGCUGAAAUGGUGCCUCGUUCAGCAGAUGUGGGCUACCUGGUCACUAAAGUGGUGGCUGUUGAUGUGGACUCUGGUCAGAAUGCCUGGCUCUCCUAUAAACUGCAGAAAGCCACAGACAGGGCGCUGUUUGAAGUGGGCUCACAGAAUGGAGAAAUAAGAACUAUCCGCCAAGUCACUGAUAAAGACGCAGUGAAACAAAGACUGAGUGUUAUAGUGGAGGACAACGGGCAGCCCUCUCGUUCAGCUACAGUCGUUGUUAACGUGGCGGUGGCGGACAGCUUCCCGGAAGUGCUGUCGGAGUUCACUGACUUUACGCACGACAAGGAGUACAACGACAACCUGACUUUUUACUUAGUGCUGGCUCUGGCUGUAGUUUCCUUCCUCUUCAUCACGUGUGUAGUGGUUAUUAUCUCAGUGAAAAUCUACAGGUGGAGACAGUCUCGCGUCCUGUAUCACUCCAACCUCCCCGUGAUUCCAUAUUAUCCACCACGUUACUCAGACACUUUGGGGACAGGGACUCUCCAGCACGUGUACAAUUACGAGGUGUGCAGGACGACUGACUCCAGAAAGAGUGACUGUAAGAUCAGCGGAGCUGGUAGUCAGAACGUGCUGAUAAUGGACCCCAGUUCUACAGGGACGAUGCAGCGGAUACAGAGUGAAAAUAGCAUCCUGGAUGAACCAGACUCUCCUCUAGAGGUUAGUUAA